AUGGCUGCAUCACCACAACGGAGGCUGAUUGGCCUCUCAACUAAGGCAUACUUCCCUCUCCAACGGACCAUCGACUUCACCAAAGAAGUGCAAUCUCAGCUCAGCUCUCUUCCAGCAAAUACCUUCGAAAAUGUCGACAUAUUUCUCAUCCCCGAUUUUGUCUCCAUAUACCCUGUCAGCCAGCUACUAAAGUUCUCUACCGUGCCGAUCCGGCUUGGCGCACAGGACUGCCACUGGGAAGACUUUGGCGCAUACACCGGAGAGGUCAGCCCCUCGGUGCUGAGCGAGGCCGGGGUGUCAAUAGUCGAGGUUGGACAUGCAGAGAGAAGGAGGAUAUUUGGCGAAGACGAUCAGAUCACCGCCAAAAAGGCAGCGGCCGCGAGCAGAAAUGGCAUGGCCCCGCUGAUUUGCAUCGGCGAGAAGACGAGGGGAGACGUGCAAGUUGCACUUGAUGAGUGCCAAACUCAAGUUGACCAAGCCUUGGCUGAUAUCCCUGAUUCUGCGGAAGUCAUCAUCGCAUACGAGCCGGUCUGGGCUAUCGGUGCUGACCAACCUGCCAGCGAGGACCACGUCAUCUCUGUGGUGAAAGGCAUCAGAUCAUAUGAGAGCAUGAAGAAAAGGACAGGAUCUACUAGAGUGAUUUAUGGUGGCAGUGCUGGACCUGGGCUUUUUGAGAAACUUGGAGAGGCUGUGGAUGGCUUGUUCCUCGGCAGGUUCGGGCAUGAUGCUACUCGAUUCAUGAAGACGAUAUCAGAGGUCGCCAGCUUCAAAGCAUGA